GAUUUACUCUGUGGGGCUCGCAAACGUCCUGGAACUGGAACGCGGUUGACGUGGGGCCACGGCGGGACCUGGUGGCGGAGCUGGGAGACGCGAUCAGAGGUAGAACGGAUUUGAGGUUCGGGCUCUACCACUCCCUCUUCGAGUGGUUCAAUCCCCUCUUCUUGGAGGAUGAGGCCAACCACUUUAAAACCAACAAGUUUCCCUCCAAGAAGAGCCUUCAGCUCUACGAGAUUGUCAACAAGUACCGGCCGGAGGUUCUCUGGUCUGACGGUGAUGGUAACGCCCCCGCCUCCUACUGGAACAGCACUGGCUUCCUGUCCUGGCUCUACAAUGAAAGCCCCGUGAGGAAGACGGUGGAGACGAACGACCGCUGGGGGCUGGGGACCAUCUGUAAGCACGGAGGAUACUACACCUGCGCUGACCGCUACAACCCAGGCCACCUCCUCCCACAAGUGGAGAACUGCAUGACCAUCGAUAAAAAAUCCUGGGGCUUCAGGAGGAACGCGGAGCUGAGAGAUUUCCUCUCCAUCCAGCAGCUGGUUCAGGUCACACAAUGCCCUCCCCUUCACACUCUCUGACACUGGCUUCUUGGUGAGAGAGUUCCUUCAAUACGUUAUGGAAAUCUCAAUAGCUAUAGCAGGCGGCGCCACUUGACGGUUUGGUUCCCCCUGAG